AUCUAGAAUUAAAUUUUUAAAGGAUCUAUCAAUUUUAUUACUAUUUAUAAGAAUUGGCAAAAGCCUAUGCAAUAAAAAUGGAAGUUCCAAGCAAUACAGAAAGCUGCAGCUCCUUAGGCAGCUCUAAUCAAUCUUCACUGCCUAAUCAAAAGCCAAGUAGUGCAGACAAGUCCGUGGGCAUCAAUGUCCUGCUCCUCAAGAGACUGAGACGUUUAUCUCCUCUCCUCUUCCCAGGAAUCUGCAGCCUCCCAGUAAUACUAUUCACUCUCCUCUUGCUAGUAUGCAUUUUGGAACAGUACAUUGUGUACCACGUUGGCCUCAUCAGCAGCCGCUACUACCUUGUAUUGGGCAAGAAGGACUGGCAAGGAUUUGUCUACACGACGCUCUACAGCCUCUUGCUUGUCACCACCAUAGCUGGGGUUCUGAGUGGGAAGUCCUACAUCAGCAGCAUGUUGUACAUCUCAUGGCGACGAGUGCUGACACAUGCACUGCAUCGUCUCUAUUUUGCUGGCAUCAACUACUACGCCAUCACCAUCACCCCGCAUCUCAACCUUGACAAUCCUGACAUGCGGAUGACGCAAGACGUGGAUUUGUUGUGCCGAACGUUAGGGAUGAUGGUUGCUACUCUGCUCAUCUCCCCAUUCAAGAUAUCCUACUACACUUAUCAGGCUUAUACCAGCACAGGCUGGCUGGGUCCUACCAUGAUCCUGAUCUUCUUCUUGCUGAGUAGCGUCGUCAACCGCUUUGUGAUGGAUCCCAUCGUGCCGCGUGUGGUGCAGGCCGAGAAGUGCGAAGGCGAUCUCAGGUUUAAACACAUGCAGAUCAGGGCGGGCAGUGAGAGCGUUGCGUUCCACGUGUCAGGAGAAGUGGAGGCCAUCAAGACCAACUCUGCCUUGGACGACCUGGUCCGCGCCAAGCAGGCGCUCUUCAACAGACAGUUAUGGCUGAACCUGUGUCAAAACCUGUUCGAUUAUCUUGGGUCUAUCCUGUCAUACCUCGCCAUUGCCGUUCCCAUCUUUACGGGCGUUUACGACGACGUCGACAGCUCCACUCUUUCGUCCAUCAUCAGCAAGAAUGCGUUCGUGUGCAUCAUGCUGAGCAGCUCCCUGAGCUCCCUGUUGGACCUGUGCGGCAGCAUCGUGCAGGUGGCGGGCGCCACGCACAGAGUCUCGCAGCUGCUGGAGGCGCUCGAGCAACUUCGAUCUCACUGGAACUCUGCUAAUGAUAAGGCCUCGGCGUCAUACACAGACCUGACCAAGGGCUACUUGGGCCUCCCUGCAGCCUCGCCCCCUGCGUACUCGGCAUCGCCGGCUGUACUGGGCACCCUCUACACUGCCUCCAGUUCGGGCGGUCCUCCUCCGUCCUACAGCGCCGUCUGUACGUCUUCAAGCGAAGCUGAUGACAGAUCUAGCAAAGAUCUGAUGGUCGAACAGGACGCUUCGCUGUUGAUCACCAGUCAAGUUGACACCGAAUUGACGCCCACCACCGACCUUCUCUCCCAUCACCAAAAGCUUUCCGACGACCAAGUGGCCCUGAUAGCUGCUUGUGUGAACCCUGGCGCUCAGGAGGCAGCGUCGGCGAUAAGAAAUACUGAGGAGGCAACGCAAGCUGAUAUUAACGGCGGAGAGAGUAACGAGGUGGCCCCCGCCUUCACUGGCACCUCAUGGCCGUUAGGCUUCGUGCUGCAGAACGUAACGCUGAGCGUUCCAGGCACCACGACUGCUUUAGUUAGAGAUUUGAAUUUGGAUAUUGUGCGAGGCCACAAUUUGUUGAUCAUGGGGCCCAGCUCGUGUGGAAAGACGAGUCUCCUAAGAGCUCUGAGAGGACUUUGGCCCAUUCAGGAAGGUGUACUGGCUUAUCAGAGCAGCUACGGGCCCAAAGCCGUCAUAUUCCUACCGCAAAAGCCCUUCUUGACGAACGGAACCUUGAGAGAACAGAUCGUGUACCCUGAACAGCUUUGUGACGAGGCCGACAAUCCGCGCAUCGUUGUUAGUGACGCAGCGUCCAGCGUCAUGCCAGAGCCAACGGAAGCAACUGCUAUGAACGACAGUUGCGGCGAUGCCUCACCUACCGUGUGCUAUGAUCCAACUGAAAACGCAGGUAACCAGAACACGGAGAGCCCUACUAAGAAGACCAGAGAAGGUACUGUUCCUCGUUUGAAACUAACACCUGACAGAGACCAAGAAAUGGGUACAACACAACCUAAUCAGUCGAGUUUGACAAAGAUGAACGAAACAAAUAACGCCAAUCAAGACCCAGAAAAUGACAAUCAUCAAAGUGCGGACGCCCAGACUCAGCUAUCCGAAGUCGCAAGAAGAAGAUUGGAUGCUAACGUCGUUGCAAGUAAUGCAGGAGGCUUAGCCUCCCGACAGUCGCCGACUGACCGGCAGCUGCUGCGUUGGCUCAAGCAAAUAAAACUGGCGUCGCUUGUGCGCCGAUGCGGAGGACUCGAUUCAGAUCCUGGUUGGAUUUGGUCUGAUGUCCUGUCUCCCGGGGAGGUGCAGCGGCUUUGCUUCAUGCGAGUUCUGUACCACCAGCCCCACUUUGCCAUCCUGGACGAGGCGACCAGUGCCCUCAGUGAAGACGUCGAGAGCAUCCUAUACUCACUAGCGGCCGACGCAGGCGUUACUGUCAUCAGUGUGGGACACCGAGCGUCGCUGCGGCCUUACCAUCACGCUCUCCUCACCCUCGAUGGCAAAGGUGGGUGGAUCUUCGAGUCUCUACAGGCAACGUAAAUCGUAAACUGUGUUGAAACUAUGACGUCCUUAGUCAGUGCUUGCAACGUGGAGCAUAACGUGUGUUGAAGUAUGACAGUCGGAGUCUAUGCAAGCAACGUAAAUUGUAACAUGUGUUGAAAUAUGAAAUCCGGAGUUUGGCUUGACGCUUCGCAUCGUCGUGUUGCCAAGAUAACCAUCGUACAGAAGGGAGCUCAUUGAAUCAUUUCAAGGAAUGGGCAACUACCAUCUUGUGGAAAACGCACUCCUCUAGUGGCCUUGAUAUCUUAGCUGAACGUAUUAAGAAGGUCGUUUAAGAGACUUGAAGACUUGCACAAGUUACAGCGUAUAUCCAUCGAUCUAAUUGUAUGCAACAAUUUCAGUUCAUGUCUCAGGACUAGCAGUCCAUGACCAAUUAUUUUAGUGCACAAAUUAUGGUAUAAUUGUAAUUUAUAGCUGCAAAUAUCUAUACUAGUUAUUGCUUCUAUUCCAUCAAUUUUGUAUUUAUCCGUACUUCCAUUUCUUUCCAUCCAUUCUGUCUCUUGAUCGAUGCAUUAAUGCAACCGCUCGUGGUAUCAGGUCGUUUUAUGUUCGUACUUAAUUCUGUUGUAUUCUAAGGCACUCCAUGUUCAUGAGACAAGCCUGUUUGUUCUUCUGAUGUUUGUCCAGCCUUGAAAAUGUUCAAGGCUAACCAUUCAUAGGUCUUAAAUUUUCUUUGACUAAUAAUCAUGAAACUUGUUGCAUCCUUCAUAGCGGAUGUGGUCUCUUAACCGUACAAAUGGCACGGUCGUUAGAAGGAUGGAAUUCGGUGCCAGAGUCCUAGACACGCUUUCUCAUUCAUUUUUAACACAAGGGAAAAAUUAAAUAUGAUGAUUUAUUGCCAUAUUACUCAACGAUCUGUUAGUAAUCUCAAAUCCGGCCUUAGCUGAGAAUUAUUCAGUUUAAUCAUAUUAGAACGAGAGGUGUUGCCAUAUUUCCAGGCUGUGUGUGUGUUAUAUAGGUAACCUUAAUUGUCCUCGUCACUUCUUGCAUUCAAUCCACUAUUUUUACCUAAGAACUUAAAGUGAAACAUCCAAGUGUAUUGUGAAGAAUACGCACGCAACUAAAAUGCAAUUGAGACCGUUUACGUUGCAAGUACAUGACAGGGUUAGUAUUGCUGACCGAGUAUGACGUUUUUAAGCUUUUUAUAUAACAUAUUUAUGUAUAUUUGAUUGCAAUAUACUAUUGGCUAA